UCAAACUACACCGCGCGCACGUCGAAUGUGACGGAUAAUUUAUUAUCAUAAUUGACGCUAUUAAGCCGCACGAUUGGACAAAUUAAAUCAAUUCUCUGAGUAAAUAUUUGAAUAUGGACACUGUACUGCAACAGUUGUGGGUGAAGGAACCGGUACCAGAUCCGUUAUAUGUCGAUCUCUUCGAUAAUUUGAGGGAUACGUCAAUUUUUCGUGACAGUGUUUUGGAGACUGUCAUAAGUGACGAUCAGAAGGACGAUACCUUAGCAGCGGAAUAUCUUAGAUGUGGACACGGAUUUAUCCAGCAAAAUGACUACAAAGCCGCAGUGGAACUGUACAACAAAAGCUUAUGUUUUGCUGAAAACGGAACGGAUGCUGUAAGCCUAGCAUAUGCGAGUCGAUCAUUUUGCUUUUUUGAAUUUGAAAUGUACGAUGAAUGUAUUUCCGACAUAGAACUUGCCAUCCAGGCAAACUGUCCGGAAAAAUCGAUGAAGACGUUAGAGAUACGGAAACUGAUUUGCUUGAAAGCAAUGAAGACGUCAGCCAAACGAACACCAGCAAAACCGCAACUGAGUUUUGCAUCCAGCGAUACGAUACAAUCCAUGGCCAAUGUGCUGACAAUCGAAAGAAAUGAUAAGUUCGGCAGACAUUUCAAGGCCAAAUGUAAUAUUCCAGAAGAUCGAGUCAUUUUGAUCGAAGAGCCGUUGAUGAGAUUAAUCGACAGUAAUAGCAAGUACAAAAGAUGCAACAGUUGCCUGAAGCAAUAUACGAAUUUGAUCCCAUGUGCCAUAUGUACGAAAGUUUUGUUUUGCAGAGGAGAAUGUGCUGAUAGCGCUAGUCUACAUAAAUAUGAAUGCAACAUGAAACACUGGAAAUUGUUUGAUGGAAGUGCAGGGAGUCAUGUCCAAAGCUGUGUAAAAUUUUCACUUCGAGCGGUUGUGCGUGGAUUGGAAACAUUUUCAUCGUCUGGCGAGUUAAUGGAAUAUGUCGAAUUCACACGAGCGGACAAUGACAUCAAUCAAGUAAUUAUAGGUGACGGAUCGUUCGAAUCGAUGCUCGGAAUAUUUCUCAGUCAUCAUGACAAUGUGUCCUAUAUGGAGGGACGGAUUAAAAUUUUGAUCAUUGCGUGUGUUGUAUACGAUUACAUAAUGGGUCAUCUAGAGCUGAAAGACAAUUUUUUGACUGAGAAAGUCCGACGCUUUCUGAUGCAUUUGGUGACGCAAUUCGUGUCGAUAUACUCGUUGAAUAACAUUCUGUUGCAAGAUUGGAGCGAAAAGUGGUCCGACAUACUCGACAAAAAUUCGACGGAAACGUUCGGCGCGGCUAUGUUCAACAUUUCAUCUUAUUUCAACCAUGCAUGUAUGCCGAAUGCAAUUCGAAUGACGACCGUCGAUCACUCGAUACUUACGACUAUUCGUCCGAUAAAUAAAGGCGAACAGAUUUUCGUGCGUUACGCCAUCGAUGCAAAUUGGCCAACGGCCAAACGACAGAAGCAAUUGUUUCGACUGUGUGAAUUCAAAUGUGAAUGCAUGCUAUGCCUGUGCAAUGGUCCCCUGAAAGAGAUUUCGAUCGUGUCUUCGGAAUUCGAAAAUUUGUCCGCAGAAUUGGCCUCGUUAAUAUUUCUUAAAGUUAAAGAAACAGACAAAUGGGCAACUGCAAAAGACAAAUUGUUUAAGUUUGUGAAGAAAUAUGAAGCAUUGCCAACGAAGAGCAUCAUAUUGGCUUAUGAGUAUAUAAGGAUGAUCUUAGUCCGAGAUUUGUCUCUUACUACAAAUGUGUAAGGACAAAUGUGUUCUUUUGUUAUUUAACUUUCAUUGUAUGAUGGUUUCUAAAUAUACAUUUUGUUGUU